CCUCCUGCUUGCCCCCUUCUCCACUUCCCACCAUGUCAACGCAGGAAGGCUUCCAUUGCUUCAAUUGUGGAUCUCAUUCUGUCCAAAAUCUUCUCUUUGGUCUAACCCACUUCUGUUGCUGGCCAUCUUCGUCUUCUUCGCACAUCCUUCCACGCCAUGGACGUGGCUAAAUGGUGGUUCCUCCACCUCCUCGUCAUGGUUUUCGUAGCAAUAUUGGUUCUUCCGGUCUCUCGAUCCUCCCCCGAGUCCGAGGCCGAGAGCCGGACGAGGAAGCCGGGGGGGAACGUGAUCGAGGUGGAAGGGGAGCCCAAAUCGGUGGUGUGGGUGGUGCAGCUCUCCGACCUCCACUUCAGCGUCCACCAUCCGGAGAGGGCCUACGACCUCCGGCGCUACGUCGGCCCCGCCCUUGCUAUGAUUAAUCCGUCCCUCGUCCUCAUCACCGGCGACCUCACCGAUGGAAAAAGCAAAGAUUUAUUAACCAUGAAACAAGAUGAGGUAGAAUGGAUAGAGUACCAGAAUGUUCUUGACAAUGUCAUUCAAAGAAGUGGACUUAACAAGGAAAUCUUUUAUGACCUCAGAGGGAAUCAUGAUUGCUUUGGGGUACCAAAGGCUGGUGGUGCUUAUGACUACUAUCAAAAGUACAGUAUAAAUGCAAGAUUAAGACGUGAUGGCAACGUCCAAAGCAUCACAUUGCAGAAUGGUGGAUGGAAGCAUCUUUUUGUUGGCUUUGAUGGUACAAUGGAAACUGGUCUUCGUGGCCCAACAAACUUGUUUGGGCAUCCAACAAACCAAUUACUUGCAAACAUAGACUUGGAGCUUUCACAAUGGGAUGCUGAAUCAACGAUAACAAAAAUUGCCUUUGGGCACUUCCCUUUGUCUUUUUCAGCAUUAACAGAUGAUGGACAAGGUCUUAAAGAUGUGUUCCUUAAGCACUCCUUGUCGGCUUAUCUCUGUGGGCAUCUUCAUACGAAGUUUGGCAAGAACUUAAAACGACAUCAUCAAUCAAAUCAUCCAACAAAGUAUUAUCAGUUCAACAUUCAUCAAGGAUUUCCAACUAACAUGGAUGAACAGAGUUGUUCAAGUACUAAUUCCAGCAAAGAAUUUUGGGAAUGGGAGAUGGGCGACUGGAGAUGGAGUAGAGCUAUGAGAAUAUUGGCUAUUGAUUCUGGUCAUGUAUCAUAUGUUGAUUUAGAUUUCAGAUUAGGGUCCAAGGAGACUAUUAUAUUACCUACUUUUCCUUUGGACUCAAGGUUCAUGCAAAGAAUUUCAUCUGUCCAUGAUUUCAAAUGUCAGCCGAAGAGAGGCUCAUCUUACGAGCUGAUAAGAACCCUGAUAUUUUCAAGAACUGAGAUUGUGUUAGUUUCAGUAAAGGUAUAUGAUACACGGCCUGAAACUCCUACUGUGGUACUAGAUUCUUCCAUGAGAAAGAUUGAAGGGAAUGGAUCUAGAGGAGACCUGUAUGUUGCUCCAUGGAACUGGAGAGCAUUUGAAGACCCAUCUCCUAGCCGCUAUCGGCUGCAAAUAGAAGCAAUAGACAUUUUUGGCAAAACUAGUUACAGUGACUCAAGGCCAUUCUCUAUUAAUGGCCUCACUGCACAAGUUAGUUGGACAUGGAGAGAGUUUUUCGUAAUGGGUUGCCAGUGGGCCUCCAUUUACUGGCCUGCUUUUUGGUCUGCCCUCUUGUUUCUGACCUCAUUACUUCUUGUUCCACAAGUUUUACUUCUGUGCUGGAAGAAGAAUUACUCAUAUGAGUAUGUCAGACCUAAUUUUGCUGGAAGGAGUCUGAGGGAACAUUUAGUUGAUGGCGCAUUUUUGGCUUUGAUGGAACUCCCUAGGAUGACUGUAGUAUGGUUUGGUAUCCUUAUGUAUUUGCUUUACUUGUUAUUCUUCCCUUGGUUCUUUGGACAUGUUUUCACUGAAAGAGGCAUUGUGGCUUAUAUGACUUAUCAAGGUUGGUUUGUCCCAAAUUUUAACAAAAACACUAUGCUCCAGUAUCUAGGGGUACCUGAUGUCAUGGUCGUGGUAUUACCUCAUCUUUGCUUUGUUGUUUUACCAACUAUUUUAGUUAUUGGAGCAAUGGCUGCAGAACGAACAACAUAUCGAAAGUACCAUCUCUUGCUCUCAGGGAAAAAGGAGGAUGAUUCUUUGGAACAUAACUAUGGGCAGACAAAAAAUGCCAGUUCUUGUGAUUCAAAUUGCAUAUGGCGUCGACGCUGGAUUAGAAAGUUUCUUUUUCUUGUUACUGCAGUCAUUUUGUGGAAGCACUGGAAGAAUUGCAGAGCUUUGGUCAGGGCGUAUGACAUGAACCCGUUUCUUAAUUCCCCUAUUUAUUGCUUCAUGAUUCCAGUGCUGUUGAUGUAUGCCGUGUACAAGACUUGGUCGCCUUGAUGAAAUUUGGUCAGCAUCUUGGCAGAAGGGGAAAGGUGAAGCUGUUUUUCUCAGUUUUCUUCGAUAGAUGGGAGUUUUAUAUUUGUAGCAUGCCAAAUUCAAGAUUAGAGAUAUUAGAAACAAGGAAGAUGACAUGAGAGAACAGAAAAAUGGGUCUGAUAUUUCGACUCUAUUCUCAUAUCUUGCUGAAUGAACCUUUGUACUUGUAUUGAGCUGUUGUUCUGUUAGACUGUUCAGGAUGGUACUACACCAUAUCCCAAAGGAUCUCUCUAUGUUUUGUUAUUGCAGAAAGCAAAGGUCUUUUUUCCAUCAACAUCACAAAACAGUCCGAUAAAUUUCAACAAGUGUUGAUAGGAUGACACUGUAGGCUAUGGCAUCUUUUGUCACUGACAAUAUACAACAUUGAAUAUAAGUCCUUUCUGAGUCUUCCAAGUUUGAUCUAAUAGCAAUGUACUAUUUCUUUCCUUCAUUGAUUUUGUGUUGAGGGA